GGAGAGCAGAGGCUGCUCUGCGGCCAUCUUCCUCAGCGGUUCCCCAGGAGCGACCGAAGUUUCUUAGCAGUUCGUCGGGUGCAGAAAGGGAAGAUUGAAAGCUCUCCUAAGCCCUCGGGGCAACAUCUUCAGGAACAACUUCUUUGCUGUCUUUGACCUGGGUCCUGAUCUCACACAGAGACUCCAGCAAUGUCCCAUUUCAACAAAUCCGAGCAAGAUGACUGGAUGACUAUUUAUCUGAAGUAUCUCUUGUUUGUGUUUAAUUUCUUCUUCUGGGUGGGUGGUGCUGCAGUGAUGGCUGUUGGCAUAUGGACCCUAGUUGAAAAAAGCGACUAUCUGAAUAUCCUGGCGUCUAGUACAUUUGCUGUGUCUGCAUACAUCCUGAUCUUUGCAGGAGGUCUUGUGGUGAUUACAGGUUUUCUGGGAUUCUGUGCAAUCAUCAGGGAACAAAGGAGCUGUCUUUCCGCAUAUUUCUCCAUGCUCCUCUUGAUCUUCCUUAUCGAGCUGGUUGCUGGAGUUCUUGCCUAUGUUUACUAUCAAAGGCUAAGCGAGGAGCUGAAACAGCACCUAACCCAGACCCUGACUGAGAAUUAUGCUCUUCCUGGGAAAACACACAUCACACAUUCCGUCGAUCGCCUGCAGCAAGACUUCAAAUGCUGUGGCAGCAAUAGUUCUGCUGAUUGGCAGCACAGUGUCUAUAUCCUGUCUGUAGAGUCCAGUGGCCGAGUGGUACCAGAUAGCUGCUGUAAAACAAUCACCUUCAAAUGUGGGAAGAGGGAUCAUCCAUCUAACAUUUACAAGGUGGAGGGAGGAUGCAUUACUAAACUGGAACAGUUCCUAGCAGAUCACCUUUUGAUAAUGGGAGCUGUUGGCAUAGGAGUAGCUUGUCUUCAGCUGCUUGGUGCAGGCCUGACUGCCUAUUUUAACUAUAUCCUCUAUAAGGAAGAGGAAGAAGAUGCGUAUUCUGUAAUGUGACUGGUUAGCCGCCUUUACCCCUACUAUGAGCUGUGGGAUGAUUUUUACCUGCUGUCUACACAGAAGAAUUAAAAUGGACUCUUACUGAAGACCAAAAGUCUCCGCUCUCUUUGCCUUAAUGCACAAUCUAGAGAAGCAACAUUUCAACGUGUAUCAGUAUUACCUGUGCAUGCUUAAUGGGCCAUAUUUAUAGCUUCCUUCUCUGUUCAUGUUGAUAUGCCUUAAAUUGAGAUAAAUUUUAGCAAGGUCACUGCCUGGAACACUUUCCAAUCCACCUUGAAAUAAUUCUUAACUGAGAAGAGAAAAAUAUUUUUAUUGUUUUUUGGUACAAGAUUUUUUUGGUAAAAGCGUUACUACUCUUAUGCAGUAUGAUUUGUAAAGACUUUCUUUUGUAGCUCCACAAUCAGUAUUGUGUGGUAACAGGGCAUCCUCUGCAUAUUCAUCCCAGAUUUUCUUAGUUUAACAGAAAUAUCUUCAUGACUAUAGGAUAUUUUAACUCAAGCAACUAGCUGUAUUUUUUUAAAUGAAGGGAUUUUUUAGAUUUCAUAACUGUCAACUUUUUGCUGUUUAGUAUUUUUUUUCGAUCUGUGUCUGUCUCCCCCUCCCUCAGGUCCAAUUGAAGCUGCACUUCAGUCCCAGCACCUUUUGUUUCAGAUAGAGGGUAACAGACUGGCCUUGCUGCCAGAGCUGCACCAGGAACAGUCCAGCAGAGGGUACUAGAUGAGUAGCCUGGGUGCAUUUCAGCUAGAUUUGAUUUAGAACAAUGGUUCUCAGACUGGAGGUUGGGACCCCAGAGUAGGCCAUGACCUCGUUUUUAUGGGGUUGCCAGGGCUGGCUUGGACUUUCUGGGGCUUGGGGCUGAAGCCUGAGGUGGGGCCGAAGUCUGGGUGGUAGGGCUCUGUCAAGUAUAAUUCCCAAUUCUGGACCUUAGCGUCCAAAAUAUGGGUACUAGCAUGAAUUCCCUGAAGCUUAAUUACCAGCUUAGAUCUGAUAGGCUGCCACCAAUCAGGAAUUUUUAGGGCCUGAUACCCUCUGGUCCCCCCAAAACCUUCCCUGGGGACCCCAAGUCCCAGAUUCCCUGAGUCUCACAACAAAGGGGAAUAAACCAUUUCCCUUCCCCCUCCUUUCUUCCUCCCAGGUCCUUCCCGCCCUGGGAACAGUAGGAGAUCGCCUGAUAUCAAUUCCUUGAAACACAACACAGAGAGAUCAAGUUUCUCUCUCCCCCUUACCCAGAGGCAAUACAAGCUUACCUUUCCCUCCUUCCUUUCCUUUCUCCCACCAAUUCCCUGGUGAGUACACAGACUCAAGUCCUUUGAGCCUUAACUAGGAGAAAACUCAAACAGGUCUUAAAGCAAAGCUUUUAAUAAAAAAGAAAGAAAAAAAGUAAAAGGUUUAUCUCUGCACUUUAGAUGGUAAAAAGUUACAGGGUCUUUCAACUUAUAAACAAUAGAAAGAAACUUUCUCCAGCAGAAACACAAUUUAAGCUACUUCCAGCAAGUACACAUAUGUAAAUGAAAAAACAAAAACAAAUUAAAGGACUAUGACCGCUUUUGCUUACUUACAAUUUUGAAUAGAUAAGAGAUUGUAGCAGGGAGAUUGGCAGAAACCUGGUUGCACCUCUAGUCCCAGGAUCCAGAGAGAACAAAGCCAAACCCAAACCCACAAACAAAGGCUUCCCUCCACGAGAUUUGAAAGUAUCUUGUGUCCUGAUUGGUCCUCUGGUCAGGUGUUUGCAGGUCACUGUUUGUUAACUCUUUAUAGGUGAAAGAGACAUUAACCCUUAGCUAUCUGUUUAUGACAGGCUCAGGUUACAGGCCCCCUGCCUGGGGCUGAAGCCCUUGGGAUUUGGCUUUGGCCCUCCCGCCUCGGGUGGUGGGGCUUGGGCUUGGGCUUCGGCCCCACCACCUGGGAUCAUGUAGUAGUUUUUGUUAUCAGAUUGGGGUCAUGGUGCAAUGAAGUGUGAAAACCUCUGCUUUAGAAGUAUGUUCAAUUAUAAUGUAGGGCCUCUGGGAAGAUUGUGAGUAGGGGACAAGAGAGGGAGAGUAUCUGCUUUUGCAUUGCUCUUGGUGCUGUUCCACAUUUAUCUGAAGUGCCUCCAUUAGGACUUUUAGCCUUACUGCCGACUACCAGCACAAACCUAACUGAUCAAAGAGAAGAUUUUGUGCCCAGCUUCGGGAUCCUGAUUCAGGGGAGAAAAACCUCUUUUUAAAAAGGUUUUGAAAUGCUACACUACAUCAUUCAACUGUUUUCUGUCAUCAGAAUAAGAUGCAUUAUAUUAACUCCACUUAGGUAUAAGGGUUAUUUUGCUAAUGGGCCCUACAGUUACUAAGAACAAAUAAAAAGAAAUAGCAUUAAAAAGAAAUCUGAAUUGCUGUCACUUUGCUGUGACUGCCAAAUUGCUCAGAAACCACUUUGACGAGCACAGGAUGGAUAAAUGAUUAGAUAGGUAGAAUGGGGGCCUAGAUGGAACAGAUGGCUGGACAGAAUGGAACAGGAUGGCUAGAGGUGCAAUCAGUUUUCUUUCCGAUCCUCUCUUUCAGGACAGUGAAAUUCUUUCAGUAACAAAUGAUUCUGCUGCCACAUAGUUAGUUCUUGAUUACAUAGUUGCAAAAUAGAAGGAAACCUCCACUUUAUAUAUAAUUUUUAAAAAAAAAACCACCUGUACUUUUAUGAGAGAUUCAGCAGUUUUGCAAAAUACAAGUGAACCCAAAGUAGAUAGUUUCACAAGUUACACUUGGGUGCAUUACUCAACCCUUGAUUACUAUUACUUAAAUACGUAUAAGAACAGUCAUUUUUCUAUUGCCAGUGAUACCUCUGAGACAUCUUUUAAGAGAAAGUAUAAGAAAAGAUACUUUAUUUAAGGACAACUCUCUCGGUGUUGUUUUGUGUGUAAUAUUAAUGAUUUUCAGAUUCUCAUAGCCUUGUAUGCCUCUGUAACACAGUCAUUCUGGCUAGCUAUGUUCUAGGGACCCGCUACUUCACUGAGGCUACGUCUACACCUCAAAUUAGUUCAAUAUAACUUACAUCACUCAGGGGUGCAAAUAAGCCACACCCCCGAGCGACAUAAUUUACACCUACCUAAGUGCUAGUGUAGACAGCACUAUGGCAACAGGAGAACUUCUCCUGCCGACAUAGCUACCACCUCUCAAGGAAGCAGGAGUUAUUACGCUGAGCGGAGAGCUCUCUCCCAUUGGCUUAGAGCAUCUUUACCAGAAGCACUACAGCAGAACAGCUGCAUCGAUACAGCUGUGCCCCUAUAAAUGAUGUAGUGUAGGCAUAGCCCAAGUUACAUUUGGGGUCUUUUAAAUCACAGGCUGUCUCUUUAACUCAGCUUGUCAGGUUUUUACCAGCAGUUGUUUGCUAGUUACCACUUCCUUGUUUUACAGUUUAACACCAGUAAGUUUCUGGUUGAGGCUAGGACUGUCAAACAGCACCGGGGAGGGAAAGGCAGGAGGCAAUGCAUGCAUUUGAGGUAAAGGAUCAUUUAUGACUUGGUGAUCCUGUGUGUGCACCUCUAUCCACAACGAGCUGAAGAGUCCCGGUGACUUUUAUUUUUAACCUGCUUGAGAUAAAACUCUAUUGAUACAACCCAUUACUUGACCUGAACUUACUAUUUUUGUAUUAUUUGUAUUACCAUAGGGCCUAAGCACUCUAGUCAUGGACCAGAACCCCAUUGUGCUAGGCACAAUAUAAAUGCAGAACAAACAAAACAAAACAAAAAAAAGCCCUAUCCCUGCCCAGAGAGCUUACAAUGUAAGUAUUAGACAAGAGAUAACAGGUAGAGACAGACCAAUGGGGGAGUGCAAGGACACAAUGAGACAAUGCUGGUCAGCAUGAUAGGAAGUGAUCUCAGUACACCUGCAGCCUAAACUGUUGUGAAGUUUCUUAUAGUCAUCUCAGCAAAGGAGGGAUUUAAGGAGAGUUUUGAAGAAGGAGAAGGAGU